AUGUCGUUUCCGCCACCUCCAGGUUUGAAGCAAAACCCGUCGUCACUCCCUCCGCGACCACCACCGGCCAGUACGACUACAUCGCCGGCAUGCUUCCAGCCCGCAUACUCAGCGGCGCCCUCGCAUCCGUCCGGGGCCAGCAGUGGCUAUGGUGGAAACGGGUCUCGGUCGAGCUACAAUGCAGUUACUGCCUUCCAGCCUCGCACCGUAGUGUCGAAUCAGCCACAUCGUACCAGUAGCCCCAUAGUGUCCGUUCCUCCCGUUUCGUCGGCGGGAUACUCCACACCGACCACUGCAGGCUACGGCUCUUACUAUUCUCAGCAAUCACAGCAAAUAUAUCAAGGUGGGGCUUCGUACUAUGGGUCUGCCCAAUACAAUGAUAACUCUUACGGUCCGUCCGUGCCUCAGAUUCAGAAUCCUUUCGGUUCUGGGCCUGACCAAUCCAGCACCUACGGAUCGCGUGGGAAAAAUUACGGACGCAACGACUCUGGAUUAGAUCCUGAAACGGAAGCGCAGAUUGCGCAAUGGCAGAGUGCCUACGUCAGCAAGGAGGAAGCGCCGAUUAUGGGUAAGGUUCCCGGCCGUCGAGAAGGAAAUUCGGCUAUGCCAGGAGCUACCUCCAGCUCCAAUACCCCCUCCGCCAGUACGCCCACAACGACGACUCCUGCAUCCAUGCCGGGGCGCCCUGAGCAAGCCCCCAAGACCGUGGCUCGUUCUGGCGGCGGCCAGAAUUGGACCGAUUCGACCCUUUUGGAAUGGGAUCCGGCACACUUCCGCCUUUUUGUUGGAAACCUCGCGGGCGAGGUCACCGAUGACUCGUUGCUGAAGGCGUUCGCCAAAUACACGUCAGUCCAGAAAGCGCGUGUGAUCCGCGACAAACGGACACAGAAGAGCAAAGGGUACGGGUUUGUCAGUUUCAGCGAUGGUGAUGAUUACUUCCGAGCGGCCCGAGAAAUGCAAGGUAAAUACAUCGGCUCACAUCCGGUCUUACUCCGCCGAGCCACUACUGAAGUGCGUCCGGUGUCCAAUACGAAGAAUGCAAGGAAACACGGUGGUGGCUCCGCAGGCGGUCAAGCUGGGGGGAAGGUGAAGAAUGAUGGCGUUAGGAAGCCGGGAAAAACAAAGGGCGGAUUGAGGAUCCUGGGCUAA